AUGGAGGACGACGGCACGGCGGCGCGCUGGAGCAGACGGUACACGUUGCAGCGCACGCCGCCGUUCAGGGAGGAUGAGUUCUUCUUCUCGUCCCUGCAGUACCAUUAUCCGCUGGCGGUUCUGGACGACGGGAAGAUACUCGUGUGGGUGGGCAGGACAUCCGCAUUGAGAGCAUACGAUCCUGAAACAAAUGCAUGGACGGAAUUGGCCACGCUGACACAAGGCCGCGUUGUUGGCAUGCAGCGUGGAAGCCUUCUGUGCUCAAAUCUUGGGGCGGCCUAG